AUGCCAUAUUCGGAGACAACACCUCUGCUCGAGGUCAAUGUCGCGCCCCGACGACCUCGGUACCCUCAUAGUGCCCUUCGUCGGACAUGUACCUUUCUUCUUGGCACGCUUCUGGUGAUUGUCGUCAUCCUCUUUUUGAUCCCAUCCGCGGUUCUGCCCCGCGAACACGGCUCCAUCUGGUCCUAUCUACCAGGUGCCAACCCAUUCCCACAUGACGCGUGGCCUCAGGGCAAUGGCUUGCCCUAUGAUCAACUUCAACAGAUUCUCCUCAACACUCCAUCCGCCGUGAAGGCCCGUGAGUGGAGCGAGUACUAUACCGCUGGGCCCCACUUGGCUGGCAAGAACUUGAGCCAGGCGCUAUGGACGAUGGACAAGUGGAAGGAAUUCGGUGUGGAGGAUGUUUCGCUUGCAUCUUAUGAUAUCUACCUGAAUUACCCCCUGGAUCACCGCUUGGCCCUGCUGAAGAAGUCUGGCGAUGAUACUGAAGUCACCUUCGAAGCUACUCUGGAGGAGGAUGUGUUGGAGGAAGAUCCUACUUCAAGCUUGCCCGAUCGGGUUCCUGUGUUCCAUGGAUACUCGGCUAGUGGCAACGUCACUGCUCAGUUUGUGUAUGCCAACUUUGGCACAUACUGGGACUUUGAGGACUUGGUCAAUGCCAAUGUCACCCUGGAAGGCAAGAUUGCUAUCGUCAAGUAUGGCAGAAACUUCCGUGGCUUGAAGGUGAAGCGUGCGCAAGAGCUGGGCAUGGUCGGUGUGCUCAUUUACAGCGAUCCCCAAGAGGAUGGCGAGAUUACUGAAGAGAAUGGCUACGAGGCCUAUCCUAACGGACCGGCUCGUAACCCCAGUGCUAUCCAAAGAGGCAGCACGCAGUUCCUGAGCAUCGCUCCUGGUGAUCCUACUACUCCAGGAUACCCGUCCAAGCCCGGCUGUGAGCGUCAGGACCCUCACGGCUCCAUUCCUGCUAUUCCUUCACUUCCAAUCUCUUACAAGGAAGUUAUUCCCUUCUUGAAGGCUCUCAAUGGACAUGGCCCCAAGGCUUCGGACUUCAAUGAAUACUGGCAGGGUGGUGCCCUGGGCCACAAGGGCGUGAAAUAUAACAUUGGACCCUCGCCAGAGCAUAUCGUUAUCAACCUCGAGAACCAGCAACAGUACGUCACUACUCCUCUGUGGAAUGUGAUUGGUGUUUUGAAGGGUUCUAUUCCUGAUGAAGUCAUCAUCCUGGGUAAUCACCGCGAUGCGUGGAUUGCUGGCGGAGCUGGAGAUCCCAACAGUGGUUCUGCCGCUAUGAACGAGGUCAUUCGCAGCUUUGGUGAGGCUCUGAAGGCCGGAUGGAAGCCACUGCGCACUAUCGUCUUCGCCAGCUGGGAUGGCGAAGAGUACGGUUUGCUCGGUUCGACCGAGUGGGCUAAUGUUGCCUACCUAAAUGUUGAUGUGGCUGCUUCUGGCACUAACUUUGGCCCUCGUGCUGCACCGUUGCUGAACCAAGUUAUCAACGAGGUGGCUGGUCUCGUGCCGCACCCGAACCAAACUGUCCCUGGCCAGACUGUUCGUGAUGUUUGGGACGGCCACAUCUCGACCAUGGGCAGUGGUAGUGACUUUACUGCCUUCCAGGACUUUGCAGGCGUGGCCAGUCUGGACUUUGGCUUCGGCCACACAAAGAAUGACCCCGUCUACCACUACCAUUCCAACUACGACAGCUUCGCGUGGAUGGAGAAGUUUGGCGAUCCAACCUGGUCUUACCACCUCGCAACCACGAAGCUCUGGGCACUGGCAGCUGCACGACUGGUGGAAUCGCCUGUGAUCGCGUUCAGCGCUGGUGACUAUGCUACCGGACUGGAGUCGUACUUGAAGAGCGUCAAGCCCUCGGCCGACAAGCUGCCCAAGCAUGCCCACUUUGACUUUGAUCACCUAGACCGAGAAAUCUCCAACUUCCAGGCGGCGGCGACCGCAUUCGAUGCGUAUGCCGCAUCGCUGACCGAGAAGUUGGAUGAGGACGUUCCCUGGUACCACUGGUGGAAGAAGGUCCGCCUUUACUUCCUAAUCCGCGGCGCCAACGAUAAGUAUAAGAGCAUCGAGCGAUCAUUCCUGUACCAGCCCGGUCUAGACGGGCGCAACUGGUUCAAGCACGUUGUGUUUGCACCUGGUAUCUGGACUGGCUACUCGGGAGCCACCUACCCCGGACUGGUGGAGAGCCUUGAUGAUGGCGAUGUGGAGAAUGCCAAGAAAUGGAGUCGUAUUAUCCAGGAACGGAUUGGUGCGGCGACCAAGCUGCUGUCGUAGUUGGGCGAGAUUGAAAUAGGAGGGAGUACUCGGGCUCAGU